AUGGAGACGGCAAUUUGGACUAUGUCAUCCAUACAGCUGAUCGGCUCCUUGAUCUCACAAACUCACAUCAACGACGAGGGAGAAGAUCACCUGAAAACGGAUGGCACUGGUCUUCACUGAGCGGUACAAGCCUUGAUCUCCGUCGAGUACACGACCGAUUGGGUGCUUGUUUGCAGUCUUGUAACAAAUCAUGUGAAGGAUAACGUCGUGGUGGAGCACGCCCACACCAACGUCGUGGAUGAUCAAAGGAAGGACGAGUUCACGAGUGUUUACACUAAGUUCUCGAUUCUCUUCCACACCAUCGAUUAUGAAAUGAACGUCUGGAGAGGGGGGACAGUUCCAACCAACAUCACGUGA